UCAUUCAUUACUAUUUUUUCGAUUUCGAACGAUUUUUCGAAUGAAUGAUUUUUUGUGUAUACAAGUGGAUUUUUAGCAAAGCUGUUUGUACGAAUUUAUUCGCUUUCAAGAGCUUCACCUACUUUUAGUAAUAUUAUAUUCCUCAAAUGUACGAAUAAUACUUAAAUUGUGUGUAUUUCAAAAUGAUUUUGAAUGAUUUAUGUUAGAUUUUGUAUAAUAAUGUAUGUACAAGUAUGAAUGGUAGAAGUUAAUAGAUGCUUAAAAUAAUUUAAGUAAAAAAUAUUCAUACUAUUCGUAUUAAAUAUAGAUUUAUGAAUAAUAUAGGAAGCAUACAUAGUUUCGAAGUGGUUGGAAAAAAAUCCAAUGGUUUUGAAUUAAGCAAGAUGGUAACUUGAUUAUGUAUUGCGAUUUGAAAUUGUAACUAUGUAUAAAUGCACUUAAUCGUUUUAACUGUCACAUUGUAACAUUUGCAUCGGGUAUUUGCGUCAAAAAUAGUGAAACUUUUAAAUUUAAACUUAUAUAAAUAUUGGUUAAUAUAUUUAAUUGCAAUAUUUUUGCUAGAAUCUAUGUAAUAUGAAAUUUAAAUAUCUUAUAAAGUGAUGAAUCUAUUUUUAUAUACAUAUAUUAAUAGUUAAAUCAAACUAAAAUGCAGCCAGGAUGAAAGAGAUCAGCAGUGUGGGAGUUUUUUUUUGCUAAAAAUGGCAUAUAUCAAGAAGAUUUUCGGGAUGGACAAAGCAGAUCCUACCGGCCGCAAACUGCGAGCGUUGACGGACAAGAUCACUUCGCAUAUACGUGCGUUGCAGUCACUUGAUUCCAAAGAGCAAAUAGCGGACUGUAUAGUCGGGCAAUUUUUAACUCAAAAAUUGGACAAAGUAACUCAAAGAAAAUGGGAAGAAAGUUGUUUAAUAAACGAGUUACCAUCGUGGGAAUCAUUAGCAGCAUUUUUAGAACAUCGAUGUCGUACCCUCGAGAACGUGGAGCAUGCAAUGCAAACACAAGCCGAUACAUUUGGUGAAACUAGGAAAAUCGAAUUGGAGAUGCCAGUUUUCCAAUGGAUGGAUACUCAGUUGAUUUUGUAGUGAAGUCGCGGACUUCUGAUUAUUCAACAGAUAUUACUGUUCUCGUCGCUCAAACGAUUACCGAUUAUCAACCUGGGACUUUAAUCACCACUGAUGAUUGGAAUGUUCCUUCGAAUAUCUAACUUGCUGUCCCUGCUUUCAACAUACCACAACGCAUCGAUAUGCUCAUCGGAGCAGGACUUUUCUUUGAUCUCAUUUGUGUGGGGUAGAUAAAGUUGGCACCUGGAUUGCCCAUUCUGCAAAAAACUCGAUUGGGAUGGGUGCUAUCUGGUGGUUGGCAACAAAGCCCUCAACUAUCAGCAUUUAUUGUAAGCCAAAGAUCAUCAAGUAGAAUUGACCACGAUAUAUAGUUAGACAAAUUAGUACGUCAGUUUCGGGAUAUUGAACAUGUUCAUGAACCAACCACUAAAUCCUUUGCGGCUAAAAGAAAUAAAUAUGAAAACACCUUAAUAUUUAAUGUAAAUAUAAAAAAGUAAAGCUACCAUUUUUAUUAGAAUUCUUGUAUGUAUACUAGUAUAUUAUUACAUUUAAUUCCGCUAUAUGUUAUUAAAAAUUUAAAUUGAAUAUUUUUAAGUAUCUUAUUUUUCUCCUUAUUUAAAAUUUUUCAAAAUAUUUCUAUUAUUCUAUGCAUACAUACUUGCAAAAUACAUACAAAAAAUAGAUAACAGAAUUCAAAGUUCUGAACGAAUGUAGGUAGAAUGAGUAGCAGCGAGCUGUUACGAACAAGAACACAAAGCGUGCCACCCGAGCACGAGUGGCACGGACCCUUCGUCUUUCCUCGUUGCCCCCUCGCCCACAAUAAACCGGUUUGGGUUCCAAAAGGGUCUUUGUAUGAACAGGCUCAAGAAGCUUAGCGCAUCGAGGGAUGUGCCGCGCGUUAAGAGAGCGCAAUUGGGGGAAAAAAAACCCAAUAUCUGCGGAAUGGCAUGAAUGAACAAACGUUUCGUUGUAGAUUAUUGAGGCUAAAAACAAGUGGUUUUACAUACUUUUUUUUUUUAUUUAUCGUGAAGAACGGAUAAAAGUUUUCAAUUGUUUAACAAGAAUUUAUGUAAAAUAUUAUUAUUCAAUCAAAUUGACCGUGAAAUAAAAACAAGGGGUAUGCACCCAAUGAAGUGCUGAUUUUUAAAAUCGAUGAUUUAGCGAAGUUUUCAGAGUCCACAGAAUGGGUUAAGGAAUCCUUGGACCAAUCAAGAAACUCACCACCCAAUCAAUGCGAGUUUCUAAUAUUUCAAAAUUUUAGUGGAGUACUCGUAUAUACAUAUAUAUUUACACAACUAUUAUUUUCACAGACUUUUGUAAAAAUUUAAUUCGGAUUAAUUUUUGAUAUCAUAAAGAAAGUCCUUAAAAAUAAUUUAUAUUUAUAUUUUAUGUUAAAUCAAAUUACAAUAAAUUAAAA